GCUACACAAACCUCAGGAGACGGAGAGGUCAUUGACUGAUACAGCUAUAGUGACCUUUCUAUAGAUUAGUAUAUAUAAUUAUAUACAUUUUUAAAAAAGGCAGUUGUAGACAGACUGUUGGCUUUACUUCUGUGGGGCUUACAGGAUAUCAAGUCAUCACUGGAUACAUCUCUGCAAGGAGCCAGCUGGACAAAAGUCAUCAUGACAGAAGAUGUCCAGGUUCCAACCAGCGUGCCUGAAUAUAACGGGAACGUGUCCUCAGAGAAACCUCCGCUCCAAGUUAUUGAUAUUAUUGAUCAGAUAGCAAAUUCCGUUGAGAUAUUUCCUUAUGACUCUGCCAAGCCUGAGCCUGAUUUGUUACUUACACAAGGCAACCAAGAAGGAACCGGUCACUUAGUGGAAAAUUCAGUCUAUGAAGAGUGUGACAUCUCCACUUAUGAAGAGUCUGUAGGGCUGAAGGAACAUGAAGGAAAGCCAGAGGGAGACAAGGAGGAUAAUACUGACUGCUUUUCCCAGAGAAGAAGAGACUGGGAAGAAGAAUUUGGAGAAGAGCUCUGUGAGGAAAGCCAUCCUGCAAGCACCAAAGAACAGGAGAUAACUGAGGAGGAAGAAUGGGAUGCCCAACCUCCUCAGGGUGAAAAGGAAAAGGCUGAGGAGGAAAAGGAAGAAAAAGGAGAAGGGCAGCUGAGCAAGCCCAAGGAGAAACUUAAAGAGGAAGAACAGCCAGAAGCCAAUGAGAAUGUAAUAGGGAAGGAUACAGAUGGCACAGAAGAAGGAGUAUUGAAGGAAAAUAAUGAGGAUUCUCAUAAAAAAGGGCAGGAAAACAACAGCAAAGAAUUCCUCUCCAUCCGCCCCAGCUGUAAUUCUCAGACUGAGAAACCUGAUGACCUGCCAGGCACGCUGAGAAAAAAUGAUAUCUCCAGGCACAGCUAUUCUCGGUACAAUACAAUAUCUUAUCGGAAGAUCCGGAAAGGAAACACUAAACAGAGAAUUGAUGAAUUUGAGUCCAUGAUGCAUUCAUAAACUGAGGCCAAGAAUUUGAUCAGCAUGCUGCAAUUUCUGUCUCCCCAUUCUCACCUCGACAGCAGAUAUUUCUCAACCUGUAAUACCAAGCUUUCAAAAUGGGUGGGUGGGUUGGCUUUGAUUCAGUUAAAAAUGAUGAAGGAUAUUUUCCCAAGGAGCCCAUAUUACCGGGGAGUAAGCCCCAUUGAUCAUGUGGAGAUUUACAUCCAAGAAAGCAUGCAUAGGGUUGGGCUGCAAUCUUAUGCACUCUUAUUUGAAAUAAGGUCCCCUUAUUGCAAUGGGACUUUCUUCUGAGUAUGUACACUUGGGUUGUAACUCCAAGUGAAGCCAAUAAAAUGAAUUAAUUAUAGUUGCCUUCAGUCCUAUAGCUGUCAGUGGGAUGUAGUACAAAAUAAUUUUACCUGGCUUGAGGGCGAUAUAAGUAAUUUAACUAUAUGCUUCAAAAAUGCAAACAUUUAUGCUUCAUUCUGAAAUAACAAAUACCUGUAGGCUCUAAAUCAGCAAUAUGUUAAAUUUAGCAUCAGUUGAUUUCAAAGAUGGUUUUUGUUACUGUCCAUUUUGGGUACCACAGUUGAGGAAAAAGACAGUCUUAGACUAACUGGCAAUCUUUUAAAAGCAUACAGAAUAAUCAAAACUAUUGCCCAUUCGGGAGAUUUCUUGACAAACAGACUAGACUUUAGGAUUCAGUUACAACAUACAGUGAUAAUUUUGCAAUUUCUAUAUUCUAUGUUUUAACGGGUUUCAUAACUAUGAAAUACAUCAUCCUGGGCACAACCUAUCAGUUUUUCUUCAGCGCCAGUCCAGAUGUAUAACAACUGCAUUCAUUUCACUAGCUAGCAUAAUACUUCGUCUGGCUUAUUGGUACUGACCAAUUAACACCUUUAAGUGGCAGUCUGUUUAUGCCUGGGAAUUAAUCUUACUUUAACACUGGUGAGGAGGUGACAGACUUCAUUUUACCUGAGGGCAGCAGGCAAAUUUAAGCCAUGCAGGACUGUUUGAAUAGAACACACUACUCUGUUCUUGAACAGACAAGAAGCAGGCAGUUUCUGAAAUACCAAGUUUAUACACCGCUAAUAAAAUGAGCCUUACAUUUGCUUUUA